AUGUCUGUAGAAUCAAUACGAACAAAAUCAACAUUUUUAAUAAAUCGAGAAAAAAUGGUACUUAAUAGUUCAGAUGAACAUGAAAUAUUAUCAUCAACAAUGAAUGAAGAUAGUCAUACACCAUUAUCAGAAACCGUGACUACAUUAGCUAGUAAUGUUUAUAAAGAAUUAGAACGUAUUAUUAAAAAUUUUGGUGAAAAUAGUGUUAAAGAUUUAAUGCCAGUUAUGAUCUCAACAUUAGAAUCGCUUGAUAGUGCAUUACAUGAACGUGAAAUAAAUAAACUUGAAAUUGAAUCAUUAAAAGAGCAAACUGAACAAUUAUAUCAACAAUAUGAACGUGAAAAAAGUUUUCAUAAAGAAUAUCAACAACGUUAUCUUCAAAUUGAAGAUCAUCUUGAAGAAAUAAAACGUGAAAAUGAAGAAAAAUUACGAAGUCUUGAAUCAAUUGUUAAAAUUUUUGAAAUUAAAGCACGUAAUACAUCAGAUCAUGUUGGAAGAUUAGAAGAUAAAGAAAAUGAAAUGAAACAAGAAUAUAAACGUUUACAUGAUCGAUAUUGUGAAUUAUUCAAAGUUCAUUGUGAUUAUAUGGAACGAACAAAAAUUUUAUAUGGAACUGAUCGAUUAGAUCAAUUAACUACGAAUGCAAAUACAAGUUCUCAAUCUUGUGGAAAUCUUCAAUUAUCGAAUGAGAAACAAACCGAUAAAAUGGCUCCACAUUAUUCAGAUAUGUCUUCAACAUCACCAAAACAACGUCAUGUUGAUAAUAAAUUUCAGUCUGAACUUGAAAUUACCGAUGGUAAACAUACGCAAACAGAAUCUAUGACAAGUAAUGAUGUAGCUGUAAAUACUGAUGUUGCCGUUAGUGAUGAUGAUGAUGAUGACAUAUCUGUAGAUGAUGCUAAAAAUUCAGAAGCAUUUGAUAAAGAAACUCGAAAUGAUAAUAUUGAUAUAUCAGAUGUUGAUGCAUCGGCAGAUUUAUUUGGCAUGACAAAAGAAGUUUCAAAUUUAAUCAAAGAAAAUAAUGAACUAUUGGAAACAAAAAAUGCAUUAAAUGUACUUAAAGAUGAUUUAUUAGCAAAAAUUGAAGAAUUAUCCAAUGACUUAGAAAUAGCACGAGAAGAAGUUGAUUCAUUACAAACAGUUCGAAGUCGAUUACAAUUAAGAAUAACUGAAAUUGAUGAAGAAUUUCGAAAAACACGUGAAGAACUUGAAAAGAAAAAAGAAGAAGAGGAAAAUGUACCGAAUGAAGAUAGAAAGCGUUUUACACGAGUUGAAAUGCAACGUGUUCUACUUGAACGUAAUCAAUAUAAACAACGUUUAUUUGAACUUGAAGAAGCUAUACAUCGACAUGAUGCUUUACGUGCAUCACGACAUGAACAAUUAUAUUCAUCAUCAACAAUAAAUACAAUUAAUGAUAAUCUAUUUGAUCAAAUACAAAACAAAAAUAGAACAAUGUUCUUAAAACUUUUUUCGGGUUUAUUUGGCAGUACUGCUAAAGAUACCUCACCUAAACGUGCAAUUACUACAACUACUACAACUAAUUUAUCAACAGCGACUGAAACUUCUAUGAAACAUAGUUCAAUCAAUGAUGAUCAAAUUGGAUCGACUAUUACUACAAAUAAAAAUACACCUUUAGAACGAUCAAUUAAUGAAAGUGCUGCUGUUGAUCUAUUGCAAAAAUCUGUAGCAACACAUCAUGAUAAUUCAAUUGUAAAGGAUGAUGAUAAUCGUUUUCAAGCAUAUGAUUGGAUUUUACCAUCAAAAAAUCAUUUGAAAAUAUCUAAUAUUAAUGGUAAAAUUCAAGUUAAUGUACCUGUACCAAUUUAUAAUCAAUCAAUAUUUAAUACAAAUGACACAACACAAAUUUGGUGUGCUGUUGGUAUUGAUCUUAGUGGAUUAUCAUUAAAUACUGAUGAAACAUCAAUUGAUCAAUUAAAUAAACAAUUAAUUGAAUCAUAUCAUCAAAUGAUUGAUGAACAAUAUUUAAAAUUAUCAUCAUUAAUUUGGAUAGCUGCUAAAUCAAAUAAUACAGCUAUGAUUACAAUUAUUGAUUCAAAUAAACCAGAUAAAGUUAUUGAUAUAUUUCCAUUAGGAAAUAUUAUUAUUUAUGCAAUUGGUAGUGUUCCAGGUACAUCAAGUACAGAUUAUCCAUCAAUUGAUAAUUUGAAAUUGAAUGAGAAAACAUCUACAAAUGAUGUAAAUGUAAUGUCUUGUACAGCAGCAUCACUUGCUACUGGUGGAAAUCGUUCGAAUACUACUAUUGAAACAUCAUCUGAAAAAAUUCGUUCUGAUGUAUCUCAUUCAAGUGUCGAUGAAAACAAAACAAAAUAUCCAACUGUUUGGUUAGGUUCAAGUGAUGGAUGGUUAUAUAUUCAUUCGACUAUUGGUGAACAUCGUACAACGAUUGGAAAAGUUUGGCUUCGUCAUGCAAUUUAUAGUAUUGUUCAUGUUCGUGGUCGUGUUUUUGUUUCAUUGGCAAAUGAAAAAUUAAUUGUAUUUCAUCGUAAUAUAGAUGGUACAUGGAAUUUAAAUAAUUUUCAUUUAAUUAUUACUGGUAAAAGUCGUGAAUCUAUUCGAUGUUCUAUUAAUGUUAGAGAUUCCAUAUGGUGUGGUGUAGCUAAUCGUGUUUAUGUUAUUGAUGUUCAAACAUUAGAAAUUCGUAAACAAUUUCAAGUUCAUUCACGUUCAGAACAUUCCGUUCAACAUAUAACUUGGUCUGGUGAUGGUGUUUGGUUAUCUGUUCGUUUAUCGAGUACUUUACAAUUAUAUCAUGCACAAACAUAUCAACAUUUACAAGAUGUUGAUAUACAACCAUAUAUUGAAAAAAUGAUUGUAACAGAUAAAACUGGACUUCAUUUUGUUCAUAUAAGUGCAUUGACAAUUGCUUGUCGUCGUUUAUGGAUUGGUACUGGUAGCGGUAUUAUUAUUUCUAUCCCAUUGACAGACAGUAUUGAAACAACUUCUAAUUCAACAUCAACAAAACCUGGUUCUGUUGUUCGUAUUUAUGAUCAAAUAUCAUCUUCAAAUUAUAUUCCUUAUUGUAAUAUCAAUAAUGCUCAAUUAUCAUGUCAUGGAUAUAAAGAUGCUGUAAAAUUUUUUGUUGCGGUACCUGGACAAGCACCUUCAAAAUUAUAUCAUGAAAAUGAAAUGAUUUCAGAAUCGUUAACAACACUUUCAUCAACAGACACCACAAGUUCAUCAUUUGGUGAUAUUCUUAUUGUUAGUGGUGGAGAUGGUUAUAUUGAUUUUCGUGUUAAAACUACAACAGUAGAUAACAAUGAUGACGCAACUAAUAGCAAGAGACAUGCAUCACAUCUUAUUGUUUGGCAUAUGGGUUCUGCUUAA